UGUUCUUCCCAUUUCAACAGUUUGACAGAGAAGCAACAACAAAGAUCUUCUUAUUUGUUGAAAUAGCGAUCCGAAGGAGGGGAGAUGGAGAAGCUUGUGUUCUUGAUGGCGUUUUUGAAGUGCUGCUUGGGGUCUCCUGAAGAUCUGCAAGGGAAAGUCUUCAGCUUUCCGAAGGAUUCUGACACUGCCCAUGUAAAGCUCACAACUGAGAAAGAGGAGCCACUCCAAACUGUGACAGUCUGCCUACGAUACAUCUCUGACCUGACCCGUGCACAGCCCCUCUUUUCUCUCGCCACGCCAUCUCAAGACAAUGCCUUUCUCCUUUUUAAACCAAAGCCAGGUCUUUACCAGCCUCACUGUGGUCAGAAAGUGAUUGGUUUUACGGAGGUGUUGGAAGAGAAGGGCCUACCGGGCUGGGUUCAUGUGUGUGUGACCUGGGAGUCGAGUAGCGGGUUGACUCAGCUAUGGAUCAAUGGGAAAGGGAGUGUGAGGAAAGGGUUAAACAGAGGUGAAUCGCUUCAGGGAAAGCCCAGUGUUGUACUCGGUCAAGAACAGGAUAGUUAUGGAGGUAAAUUUGACAAGGCACAGUCGUUUGUCGGUCAGAUUUCAGAUGUGCACAUGUGGGACCGUGUACUGUCUCCUUGUGAAAUACAGGCUGCUAAUGAAGGCUCUUACUUUCAGCCAGGUAAUGUUAUAAACUGGGCCGCACUACAGUACACCAUGCAUGGAUAUGUGCUGCUGGAAAGCAUGGUGCCAACUUACAAUAGUUGUAAUAACAAUAGCAACAACAGACAGACGGCAUGUUGAAAUACAGGCUGUUAAUAAAGUCAUUUUUCAAACCACGUCACUUGAGAGAUUUUCAGAGGCAGACCCACUGGUUGAAACUGACAUUUUUCCUAGAAUAUAUUAAACAUGGUACAUAAUAAAAUUAAAA